UUCUGCAAGGAGCCUGUGGAUCAAGCUAUGGUGGAAGAUGUUUCGGAAAGGCAAAAAGCGCCACAGCAGUAGUAAUUCCCAGAGCAGUAAAAUCAGUACCAAGAGCAAGUCUGUAGAUUCCAGCCGUCGGGGGCUCUCACGGUCCAGCACGGUGGCAAGCCUCGACACCAAUUCCACCAAGAGCUCAGGACAAAGCAACAACAAUUCAGACACCUGUACAGAAUUUCGAAUAAAGUAUGUUGGUGCCAUUGAGAAACUGAAACUCUCAGAGAGGAAAAGUCUCAAAGAGCCACUGGACCUGAUAAAUUAUAUAGAUGUUGCUCAGCAAGAUGGAAAGUUGCCCUUCGUUCCACUGGAGGAAGAAUUUAUUAUGGGAGUUUCCAAGUACGGUAUAAAAGUGUCCACAUCAGAUCAGUGUGACAUUCUGCAUCGGCACGCUCUGUAUUUAAUCAUCCGGAUGGUGUGUUACCACGACGGUCUUGGGGCAGGAAAGAGCUUACUGGCUCUGAAGACCACAGAUGCGAGCAACCAAGAAUACAGCCUGUGAGUUUACCAGUGCAACAGCCUGGAACAAGCACAAGCAAUCUGCAAAAUUUUAUCCAGUGCUUUCGACUCUGUAUUGACUUCUGAGAAACCUUGAAUUCUGCAAGGGGGAAGUAAGCUUCAUGUGCAAAUUGAGCUGUUUUCUCAAUAGUUUCUGUUUCCAGUCUGCAGUGUUGAACUGUUACUGAAAUAUGAGCAAUCUUUUGCUCUUGAUUUUCUG